UGGCUACUAGCUAGCUAGCUAGCACCGCAUGCGGGAUAACAACGUCCAACAAAGUAGAAAUAGGCCUGGGCCUAGAGUUUAUGAAGUUCUUAUAAAUUACGUGCAAAUUAUAAAUCAGAUGUCUUGCGUUAUAUUAAGAAUGAGUGCUAUUGAAAAUUCUAUUAGGCGCCUUCGACAUUUACAGUUAGUUUUGUCGUCGAAUCGUUGUCCACCUUCGACGAUAGCAUUAUGUCACACAGAUUCAAGAAUCACUAUUGGUGGUGUAAGCAGGGCAGUAAAAGACCCAGAACAUCCAGAGUUGGUUCCGAUUAAAUAUGUUGGAAACAGUCUACCACAGUCAGUGUUACAACAUCUCCGAUGGAUAAUGCAAAAGGAUUUACUUGGACAGGAUGUGUUUUUAAUUGGGCCUCCUGGCCAUUUGAGGAGGGCAAUUGCAAUGAGUUACUUGGAAUUGACUAAACGUGAGGUCGAAUACAUUAGUCUUACAAGAGAUACGACAGAAACAGAUCUGAAACAGCGGCGAGAAAUCCACCAAGGCAAUGCGUUUUAUAUUGAUCAGUGUGCAGUCCGUGCCGCUGUUGAAGGACGUGUCCUCGUGUUAGAAGGUAUAGAGAAAGCUGAACGAAAUGUCUUGCCUGUCUUAAACAAUCUUUUGGAGAAUCGUGAGAUGCAAUUAGAGGAUGGUCGUUUUCUCGUAGCUGCUGACAGAUAUGACAAACUUUUAGAGGACCACACCAAAGAAGAAUUAAAAUCUUGGAAGCUAGUACGUGUCAAUGAAGACUUUCGUGUCAUAGCACUAGGAUUACCUAUUCCACGUUACCAUGGAAACCCAUUGGAUCCUCCAUUACGUUCACGAUUCCAAGCACGUGAUGUUAACCCUUUACCAUUUAAGGAUCACCUUGAGUUAUUACAAGAAUUGUCACCAAACCUGAAAUCUGACCAAGCUUCCAAGAUCUUGUCUUUCGCAACAACUUUGAUAUCCAACGAGUCUAACUCAUUAGGGCUUCCAGACUUUCCAAUGGAUAGUCUAGUUAAUAUGAUCAAGAUAAUAAAUUCUGUACCAAAUGUGUCUGUUCAGAAGGUUCUCCAUCAGUUGUAUCCACACCAGGUUAUGCUUGCCAAGGAGGGUAGAACAGCCGUCAUUGAUAUUCUAAAGAAAAUUGAGUUACUAGAGGACAAGUUUGGAAAAGUAGCUCCAUGCAGUGUAUCUAAUGUACUGUGCAGUACAACUGAUAAAAAUGCAACCGUUACUAUGCAAAGUCAAGGAGCCAUGUUUGAUGUCACUAUGGCAACAGGUAACCAGGUAGCAACAUCAGCUGAAAGUGUAGGUUAUAUACCAGUGCCGUCACAUGACCAUUUACUAGCGGACAUGAUGCUGUCGCAUUCUGUCAAGGAUUUCUGCCUCAUAGGACCAAAGGGUUGUGGAAAAAGUUUACUAGUGAAGCAAUUUGCAAGCAUCUUAGGCUAUCACCUGGAACCAGUUAUGCUAUACCAGGAUAUGACCUCUAGAGAUUUUCUGCAGCAACGUAUGACCUCACCAACAGGUGACACAUCCUGGCGACCGUCACCACUUAUCACAGCAGCUCUAGAGGGCAGUAUAGCAGUGCUAGACGGGCUACAUCGAGUCAACCCAGGUACACUUGCUGUUUUAAAUCGAUUAGUACAUGAUCGUGAAAUAACAUUGUUUGAUGGCACGCGUCUGCUUGGCAGUGAACGCUACGAGGCACUCAAAGAUGAACAUGAUCUAACGGAUGCUGAAUUGAAAGAACGUGGUAUUCUACCAAUCCAUCCGUCGUUCCGCAUCAUUGGUCUAGCUGAACCUCCAUCGGUAGGGGGCAGCAGCGGACAGCAGUGGCUUGGCUCCGAACUCCUCACCAUGUUCCUGUUUCACGAAGUCAGACCAUUGUCAUUUAAAGAAGAAAUGACAGUACUUCACGGCACAGUUCCUGGAUUCCAAGAGGCUAAUCUGGAACAGCUUCUCAAAUUCUCACAUCGUAUGAGAACUGCCUCAGAUCCUACGCUACAGUCCCUGUCGUCGUCACUCUCAACUAGGAAUCUGUUAAGAAUAGCAAAGCGACUGUCACACCAUCCCAAUGACAGUAUACAUGAUGCUGUCAACAAAACCAGUCUUUCAAGAUUUCUGCCUCAGCUGGCACACCAGGCAUUAGAUAAGGCAUUAGACGAUGCUGGAAUGCAGCCAAGUUCUGCAGAUGUUGAUAUCAGAAAAUCUAUAUCUUGUGAAGUGAAGAACAAUGUGGUACGCAUCGGAACCACUACCAUACCAGUCAGCUCACCUGAAAAUCAGAUGAUGGUUCCCGACACGUUGUUUUAUGAGAAUUCUCAGCAUCUGUCAAUCAUGGAAGACAUGUUGAAAGAUUUCCUUCUGGGUGAACAUCUGCUGUUGAUUGGUAAUCAAGGUGUUGGCAAGAAUAAAGUGAUUGAUCGAUUCCUGCAUUUACUCAACAAACCAAGGCAAUACAUUCAACUUCAUAGAGACACUACAGUACAAAGUCUAACUCUUCAACCUAAUGUCCAAGGUGGUGUUAUUAUAUAUGAAGAUUCACCCUUGGUGAAAGCAGUAAAGCUGGGCCAUAUAUUGGUGAUUGAUGAGGCUGAUAAAGCACCAACUAAUGUCACUUGUAUAUUGAAAUCCUUAGUAGAGAAUGGAGAAAUGGUCUUAGCUGAUGGCAGGAAAAUUGUGGCAGCUGGUUCUCAUAUACCACCGUCUGACAGUGUAAUAGUGACACAUCCUAACUUUCGCAUGAUGGUUCUUGCCAAUAGACCUGGUUUUCCAUUCCUAGGCAAUGAUUUCUUUGGUUCAUUAGGUGAUAUAUUUAGUUGCCAUGCUGUUGAUAAUCCAGAUAUGGAUUCGGAAAUGGCAAUGCUAAGGAAGUACGGUCCUAGCGUGCCAGAUGGAAUCUUACGGAAGUUAGUACUUGCCUUUGGAGAGCUACGUAAUAUGGCGGACCAAGGCCUUAUAUCUUACCCUUACUCCACCAGGGAAGUGGUCAAUAUGGUCAAGCAUUUAGAGAAAUUUCCAAACGAAGGUAUAGCAAACGUCGUUAAAAAUGUGUUUGACUUUGAUGUCUACAACCAAGAAGUGAAGGAACAGUUGAUUGAUACUCUACAUAAGCAUGGCAUUCCCAUUGGAGCGCAACCAACAAAUGUACAACUCGCUAAAGAGUUGUCUUUAUCAGCUCCCAUCCUUUCUUCCCAAUGGACGUAUAAUAAUCCUGGUUCCAACCACCGUAAUCUACUCUGUCCGGUAGAGGAAAAGAACAUUAAAGUUAAGGGUCCAGUUCAACUUGGUGUCAGAUGUCUGCCACUGGAGAGGACAGAAGCAAGGUCGCUAGGGUUUGGGGAAGAGGUUGCACGGUGGGUUAUUCCACUAGAUGAGCACAACAUUAUCACUGAUAUAGCUGUAACUAAAGAUAAAGCAGCAGAAUUAAUACAUCUAGUCACAUGUAGUCCAGUGGGGUUGUAUUCAAUGGCUCCACGUGGUACCACUAUGAACUAUCUGGACCUAUACGAUGUCUUUCCCGGUCUAAGCCGCAAAAGUGUCAGAAUCGCCGCCCUAGGUCAUCCUCUAAUUGGACAGAUUGUGAUGCAUGAAGAGCAGGGCAAUGUUGUUCUUGUAAUUGACACUGCUAAUGGUAACAUCCAGCGGCUGUACCUCACAUCCAUGUAUGAGGAAGCUAAGAAGAAAAUCACACAGCGCUUCACUGGAUCUGAGCAAGAUGACUUCAAAAUGUGCAGUGAUUUCGCACAUGAGAAUUGGCUGGUAUUUUACCAAGAAAGUGGAAGAUUACAUGUUGUUAACAUACUUGAGGGCAGUGCAUAUAGUGUUGAUGUACCGCUCCAAAUCAAGUCCAUACAUCUGUCAUCCAAAGAUUCAUGGCUCAUUGAAGAUGCGACAGAUGGCAGGAAGUACCUCUUAUGUCGACCAUCACCUAAGGAACCAGUUUGCCAACUGCAUGCCAUUAACACAGAAGGAAAUGCAACUAUUGGUAAUGGUAUAGAGAUUUCAAGUGAAGGUCUGACAAAGGACGGAUUAUCAUCCGCAAUCAGCCAAGAAAUAGAUGCACCAAAUAGAGUCCUUGCAAACAGCAGUGAUGUUGCUAACAUUGCUGUUGGCUUCCCAGAUCUCAAGUCGACAGUGGAUGUGUACACAUUUCCAAGAGUUUUACCGCAGCCUGUGAAGGAGCCUAAGAUGGAAGCGACUAGCCCUCUAGAUGACCUCGUCAGGAAGACCGCAAUCACAGUUGCACCUUCCAACAUCGUUCAAAUUCUGCCCAGGUCAGCUCAGGUUGUGCGUGUCACGCCAUCUGAGAAAGUACCAGAAGAAGCCUUGCCGAGCAAUGAUAUCACUAAGUUUGUAUCAAAUUAUCUGGAGGUUGCUGACCUUAGUAGACAUACUAUCAAGUACAUACCAGUUCCAAGACCACCUCGGGUGUCCCAGUAUGUGUCAUGGUUCUCAGGGGGCGCUAACAACAUCGUCAUGGCAAGCACAACCAACGAGGGUGUCGUCACUGUUGAUGCUGGGGGCAUAGCUCGAUUGAAAAAUUGUUAUACUGUAUCAGAAAGUAUAUAUAAUUUUUAACCUGUCUUCUCUUUUAUAUACUUAAUAUAAAAUAAUAUAUUACAUUCUUCAUUGAUUUCAAAAUAGUUCUUUUUAUUGUUACUUCAUCCACAGAUCAACUAUGAAAAGGAAGUUGGUAAGGGUGUUACUUCCCCCAAGCAUGGUAAAGACGACCCAACAAAUGCGCCCCAUGUUGGAGGUAACACCUGGGCAGGUGGCACAGGUGGUCGUGACACUGCGGGUCUUGGAGGUAUUGGCGGACCAUACAGACUGGAUGCCGGUCAUGAUGUCACACAAGUCAGUCAAGCGGAAAAAGAUGCGGUCCCACCUGAAGUUCUUCUCGCCGCUCGUGAGAUGGCGGAGAAGGCUUUCAAAGAAAGGUUGAAUGAGAUCAACAUGUCUGAAUAUGAUGCAGAAAUGUACGAGAAGUUCCUGGCCAAUGUCAAGAAACAGGUUCAAUCCAUCAGAGUCAUUUUGGAAAGUUUACAGGCCAAGAACAAGGAACGUCAGUGGUUGAAGCAUCAAACAUCAGGUGAUCUUGAUGAUGGAAAACUUAUUGAAGGUUUGACCGGCGAGAAAACCAUUUAUAAACGACGCAAAGAAAAAGAACCUGAGCCGGGUGCACCGCAAGUCCUGCCUAAGCGGUUGCGAUUAGUUGUUGAUGUCAGUGGCAGCAUGUACCGGUUCAAUGGUGUGGACCAGCGACUUGAACGUGUCAUGGAGGCUGCUGUCAUGGUGAUGGAAUCAUUUGAAAAAUAUGACACCAAAUUUAAGUAUGACAUUGUUGGACACUCAGGCGAAAAUUACAACAUCUCAUUUGUAAAAGGUGACAAAAGUCCUGUAAAUAACAAAGAGAGGCUAAAAGUGAUUAAGACUAUGUAUGCUCACUCUCAAUUCUGUAUGAGUGGCGACUACACAGUUGAGGCGACGCAGUUUGCGAUAAAUGACGUCACAAAAACUGAAGCAGACGAGUACUUUGUCAUCGUUUUAAGUGACGCAAACUUUGACCGAUAUGGAAUUUCCCCAAGUCAUUUUGCUCGAGUUCUCAAUAGUAAUGAUGAUGUUAAUGCAUAUGCCAUCUUUAUUGGAUCACUUGGUGACCAGGCCGAUAGAUUGGUCAAAAAUUUGCCUGCAGGCAGAGCCUUUGUUUGUCUGGAUACCAAAAAUAUCCCUCAGAUUUUGAAGCAGAUUUUUACUUCCAGUAUGCUUUCAUCUUAAUUGUUGGUGGCACCAUAUAUUUUGCAGCCAUGGAAACAGUAGUUUGAAAUCAUCAGGUCUAGUAAAUUGUUAAAAAUUUUAAUUACAUUAAAAUGUCCAAUUAGGUGUUAAGAUCUGCCUACAGUAUCAAGUUUCAAGUGAGGAAUACCUGUGAUUUGUCUAUAUUCCUUCUGUAUAGGUUUGAUAUUACUUCAACUCGCCUACAUAAUUAUAGGAAAAUCAUGCAUAUUUUACGUAGAAGCACUGGUGGUGCCAGACAUUUCAGGAUGAGGGGUCGGUCUUCAACCGAGGGCCCACACCAACCUCAGUCACUAUGUUUUGGGCAGAGGUAAGAAAAUUAUAAUAAGCAUCUCUAAAUACCAGGAAAUUGAACUGUCCGUAAAAAUACUUUUUGAAGGCAGUGGUUACCAACAAAAUGAUUGACUGUUCCUGUGACCCUUCAUCUCAUCCCCCUCCCAGACUGCACCCCAACUGUACAGAAAACUUGAUACUAUCUUAAUACUUGUAUUAGCAAAGCAUCUAAAUUAUAUUUAAGUGUGCCUAAAGUUGUCAGAAUUGUUACUGUGCAAGAAAUCAGGGUGAUUUCCACAUUGUCCAUGUUGCUUUAAUAUGCCCUUCUCACUAUCAAUUAAGGAAAGUGAGUUCCUAGGAUAAUAAUAUGUAAGGUGCUCAUUCAUAGUUGCAAUACUAUAUGAUACUGAUGUUUAUGUCUACAAUAAAUAGAACCAAUAUAUUAUUAAUAUUGUUCUAAUUUAUUAAUAUUCUUAUAUUAAGAAUACUGUUAACACAAUUGGCAGUGAUUAAGUGGGCAUUUAUAAAUUGGUGUGAUGUUCCUACAUUUAACAAUAAAAUAAAUAAUAAAUAAUUUAAGUAAAAAAUCUACUGUAGUAUAUAUUUUUUUUAAAAAUAAUACUGAAAUAAGUAAAAUUUGUAACGUUUACAACAAAUUAAAUUAAAUUUUAAAAAAAUACAGAAGAAGGAUUGCAUUAAAACUUGAGCAAACAAAAAAGUCACGUUAUUGGAUCACAUCAGACGAUGACGGAAUGAACUAACUCAGGUUAGGUCAUUCACCGAUUCACCGGAAGAUCAGUGAAACUGUAGUUGUAAGAAAUAAGUUACUCUUGGCUUAUAGUAUGCAAGAAAAUAUGUCAGAG